GGCCAGCGUUCUCAUCCGAACUCCUCCUUCAAAUCAGCUUCUCUCCGGGAGUCUCCAUCCCAUUCCUUGGUUUCCGCAUUUAUCCCGGAGUGGCUGGUGGGAACUUGUGGGUCUGGAAAGGGACACUGGACGCCAGACAGAGAGGUGUGGGAAAACAAAGUUAGGCUGCCAAACCAAGGGACUCCUUCCGAUUGAAAAGGAAAGCCAGCUGAUGAUAGUUAGUUAAAUUUAACAUCCUUUCAUGUGUGACUUCUGACUUCGGCAGGAAGAUGAACUUUGCGGAGGAAGAGCCCUCUAAGAGAUACUGCAUUCGAGGCAAACAUGUGGCCAUCAUCUGCGGGGUGGUGGUGGCGGUCGGAUUAAUAGUGGGGCUUUCGGUGGGCUUGACCAGGUCGUGUGACUCCUCUGGAAACACUGGGCAGGACACAACCACGGCUCCGUCCCAAGUUUCUUCUACAACCACGGCUCCGACCCAAGCGUCUUCUACAACCACGGCUCCGACCCAAGCUUCUUCGACCACCAGCACUUCAACCCUGCCUCCCCAGGAUCAGGACAUCUGCCCCGCCAGUGAAGAUGAGAGUGGACAAUGGACAAACUUCAGACUGCCAGACUUCAUCACACCAGUCCACUACGACCUGGAGGUGAAGCCCCUGAUGGAAGAAGACAGAUACACGGGCACAGUGACCAUCUCCAUCAGCUUGAGCGCAGCCACACGUUACCUAUGGCUACACAUCAGGGAGACCAAGAUCACCAAGCUGCCGGAGCUUGUGAAGCCCUCUGGGCAGAAGGUAUCAAUUCGACGGUGCUUUGAGUACAAGCAGCAGGAGUAUGUAGUGGUCGAGGCUGAAGAAAUGCUUGCUGCCACCAGUGGCGACAGUAUCUACCUGCUGACCAUGGAGUUUGCCGGCUGGUUGAACGGCUCCCUCGUGGGAUUCUACAGAACCACCUACACGGAGAACGGGCAAGUCAAGAGCAUAGCGGCCACUGACCAUGAACCGACGGAUGCCAGGAAGUCCUUCCCUUGUUUUGAUGAACCCAACAAGAAGGCAACUUACAAUAUAUCCAUCAUUCACCGCAAAGAAUACUCAGCACUUUCAAAUAUGCCAGUAGAGAGAGAAGAGGCAUUGGAUAACGACUGGAAGAAAACAAUUUUUAUGAAGUCUGUCCCCAUGAGCACUUACCUGGUGUGCUUCGCUGUUCAUCAGUUCACGCGGAUAGAGAGGAUGUCCAAAACUGGCAAACCACUCACUAUUUAUGUCCAGCCGGAGCAAGCUGAAACGGCGGAGUACGCUGCGAACAUAACUAAAAUUGUGUUUGAUUAUUUUGAAGAAUACUUUGCUAUGAACUAUUCUCUUCCUAAACUGGAUAAAAUCGCUAUUCCAGAUUUUGGCACCGGUGCCAUGGAAAACUGGGGACUGGUCACUUACCGGGAAACAAACCUGCUGUUUGACCCCAACGAAUCAGCCUCAUCCAACCAACAAAGAGUAGCCAGUGUGAUUGCCCAUGAACUUGUACACCAGUGGUUUGGAAAUAUUGUGACCAUGGACUGGUGGGACGACUUGUGGCUAAAUGAAGGAUUUGCUUCUUUCUUCGAGUUCUUGGGAGUGAACCAUGCAGAGGAAGACUGGGAAAUGCUCAGUCAGGUGCUACUUGAGGACGUGUUACCGGUGCAGGAAGACGACUCUUUGAUGUCCUCGCAUCCAGUGGUUGUCACAGUGUCAACUCCCGCUGAAAUAACGUCUGUGUUUGAUGGAAUCUCAUACAGCAAGGGAGCUUCAAUUCUGAGAAUGCUCGAAGACUGGAUCACACCAGAGAAAUUUCAAAAAGGGUGUCAGGAUUAUCUGAAAAAGUUCCAGUUCAAAAAUGCAAAAACCUCAGACUUUUGGCAGUCACUGGAAGAGGCAAGUGACCUACCAGUGAAAGAAGUUAUGGAGACCUGGACUAACCAGAUGGGCUACCCUGUGGUCACUGUGACUGAAAGGCAGAAGUUAAACCAGGCACGCUUUCUGCUGGACUCCAAAGCUGACGCUUCCCAGCCACCAUCACCACUUAAUUACAGAUGGAAUAUUCCAAUUAAAUGGACUGAAAAUGACAAGUCAAAUGUCACAGUUUUCAACAGUUCAGAAGCAGAAAUCACUUUGAAUCCUAGUCUUGGUACAGAAGAUUUUCUCAAAAUAAACCCAGAUCACAUUGGGUUUUACCGUGUAAAUUAUGAAGAGGCAACUUGGGAAGAGAUAGCCAGGACUCUCUUCUCUGACCAUUCGAGCUUCUCCGCUGCUGACCGUGCGAGUUUUAUUGACGAUGCUUUUGCUUUGGCAAGAGCUAAACUUCUGAACUAUGGGAGAGCUCUGCAAUUGACUCAGUAUCUCAGAUCAGAAAAGAAUUUCUUGCCAUGGCAGAGAGCCAUUUCAGCCGUAACUUACAUCAUUAGCAUGUUUGAAGAUGACACGGAGCUGUACCCCAUGAUAAAGACAUACUUCCAAAGUCAAGUGAAGCCCAUUGCAGAUUUUCUGGGAUGGAACGAUACUGGAAGCCACAUCGAAAAGUUACUCCGUGCCUCUGUAUUAGGAUUUGCAUGCAAGAUGGGAGACGGAUACGCCUUGGGCAAUGCUUCCGAGUUAUUUGAGACCUGGCUACAAGGGAAAGAAAGCAUUCCUGUAAAUCUUCGGCUUCUGGUGUACCGCUACGGGAUGCAGAACUCUGGCAAUGAGAAUUCAUGGAACUAUACUCUAGAGCAAUACCAGAAAACCUCCCUGGCACAAGAAAAAGAAAAAUUGCUCUAUGGGUUAGCUUCCGUGAAGGAUGUUACUCUUUUGGCAAGGUAUCUGGAAAUGCUCAAAGACCCCAAUAUCAUUAAGAGUCAGGAUGUGUUUACCGUCAUCCGCUACAUCUCCUACAACACCUACGGGAAGAGCAUGGCCUGGAACUGGAUACAACUCAACUGGGACUAUCUGGUCGACAGAUUCACAAUCAAUGACAGAUACCUUGGCCGGAUCGUCACCAUCGCUGAGCCCUUCAACACGGAGCUGCAGCUCUGGCAGAUGCAGAGCUUCUUCGCAAAAUACCCAAAUGCUGGAGCUGGAGCACAGCCUAGAGAGCAAGUGCUAGAGACGGUGAAAAACAAUAUUGAGUGGGUAAAAGACAACAGACAGUCCAUAAGGGACUGGUUUAACAGCCUGCCGAAGGAUGGCUAAGGUACUUCCAUCUUGUGAAUCAGCUGUGCUGUGGAGCCCGAGGUGGCCUGGUCUACGGACUGCAGAGGGAGCCUUCGAAAUGGGUUCUGCUUGUGCUAAGAACUGUGUUUAUGUCUCGCAAAGCUGUUAAAUUAUUCCUCUUUGUUUUCGAAGGAAGAUACUAAUAGAGUAUUUCAUAUACUCAGGGAUUUCUUCUAAGUGUACUUCCCAGGGAUGUCUUUACAAACUGAAGGGUUUAAUAGUCACAUUAAUGUCUUUAAAUAUCAUUCCUUGUAUCUUGAAUCUGUGAAAAUAGAACAAUUUGGUCCCAGCUUUACAUUUUUAGUACCAAAGAAACACCACUUAAUCUUCUCUCUUGAUUGAUUCUUAAAGUUUAAAUACCAGUACUUGCGGGACAUAUUGCCAUCUUAAUCUUUAUUUUAUUAUUCAGAAUUACAUAGACCUAAUAUCAUUUUAUUCACAUAUGUCUCAUUGCCUUAAAUCCUACCAAAGUAACCUUGGCUUAAUUUUUGCUCAAGGACUGAAUGAACAAGCCAAAGAAAUGA